ACAACAGGACGGACCAGUUGUGUAUGUGGAUAGCGCGAUGCUGCAUUUGGAGAAUUUAUGGGGAUCUGGGCAUCGUCAACCCGACCAACGGUGAGGUAACCUCGCACGGAAAGUUGCGACACCCAGAAACUGGGACGAUAAACCGUAUUAGCGCCAAGCCACCAGACAUGACUGGUUCGGUCAAUGGGUUAUUCCACGAGCUCUCGUGGGGGCUAUAUAGUCACAUACACGUAUAAGACUACCAGCUUGAAAUACGUCCGAUUCAAGAGUCGCCACCGCUACUGCCACAGGCACUGGGGAUGAUUCGGAGGCAUCCCCAGACCCACAGCCAUGAAGAGUGACGGGAUCAGCAUAGAUAUAAGGGAGCUGCGACAAGAAGAAGCUUCUGAAGUUCGAGACAUGAUCAUGUCUGGACUCUGCCAACAGGUCGCUUCACAUCGCGCCGUGAUAAAAUUUCUCCGUAUGCCCGUUGGCUGGCUCUGGGUAGGCUUUCUUGUGGUGAGCUUUUGCUCAGUAACCAACUCGGUCAGGCUUGCAUCGGUUACCUCCGCGGCAGUUUUGUGUCUGUUCGUCACGAGGGCACUCUUGUAUGUCAGGUAUAGGUAUAGGAGAUACUUUGAACGGCUGGAACUCCAAGAUCUGUACACUUGGUACGGAACCAGGGCUGGUAGCAAGUUCUGGGUCGCAGUUUGCGAGGGGAAGAUCAUCGGGACCAUUGCUCUACACAGGACGUCGGACAACGCAGCCCAGCUGAAGCGCAUGACUGUUCUUCCUAGCUUCCGACAAAGGGACGUGGCCACCUGUCUAUUGAAACAUUGUGAAGAAUACUGCGGGACUCAAGGUGUGGAGAGGAUACACCUGAGGACCAGUCGGUUUCAAGAGGAUGCAAUACGCCUGUACCUGAAGUUCGGCUUCGCAAUCACAAAGAAAUUCACGUUUUUACUAAAUAUGGAGAAAUUGACCUGCUGAAAUGCUUUCUUUAACAACAUUUUGAUUCUCCUAGUUCUGUUAAGUUGACAUGAUUUCAGUAAACGUAAAAGAAACAAAGCCACAUUUUAUGUAUUAAGUGUUGCAAGUAAAGUAUUCUGCUUAUGUGUU